AUGGUAGCCAGAGGAGACCUAGAAGACUAUGUCGAACUGAAGGAGCAGAUAAGGCCGAGGGAGGUAAAUCCUCGAAAAUUGGAAGGCAAUCAAGUGAAGGUCAUUCACGCGAUACAUGGAAAGUCAGAGGAAGAUCAGGAGUCAGAAGAGGUGUACCGCUCCAGAUUGAGAGCAGUCCACAAGCUGAGGAAAUUAUCCUCGGUCAAUACCAUCACUCCAGGCAGUAUCAAGAUUGGGUUCGGAGAGGCAGAUCUGUCAAAAGUACAGCUUCCCCAUGAAGACCCACUCAUCAUUAGCCUUAUGAUCCCAUCAUCAUCAAUCAGAGCUACUUCUAGCCCUUUGAUGGGGUUCGAUGGAACGAAGGUAGACCUCAUAGGGGUAAUAGAUUUGUCAGCUACUACCGCAAAGAGGACAUUAAAGGAAAACUUUGUUUUCACAGAAAUUCACCCUUCCUACAAUCUCAUCAUGGGGAGGGGGUGGAUUCACCGAAUGAAUGGAGUACCAUCUACUUUGUACCAGGUCAAUAAAGUUCAAACAGACUAA